CGGCGGCUCGAAGCCCCUCCCCGGAAGGGCGUCAGUCUGCUUCCGGCCGGAGCGCGGUGUCUGGUGGGACCCGGGCAGGGACGCGGGCCAGAUUAAGGCCGGUCUUGCGUGUGGCGGCUCCCGCCUGGGAGCAUCGCGGGGCGAGGGCGGUGGCCUGCAGGUGAGCGGGUGGCAGGGGCAGCGGCGUGGACCCCGGAGCUCCCGAGGAGCCCCGGCCGCUGCGCGGUGGCGGAGGCUAGGCUGCCAUUGUCCGUGCGCGGCGGUGGUUUCGGACCGGGCGGCCACAGGCUGACGGCCGGACCGGAGAGCCCCGCCGUCGGGUUCCGGAGACCAUCCUGUUGUACGCCUUUGCGCAGACGGCGUCAGGGCCGCGGUGGCCAGUUUCCCGACUCGCUGGCCGGACUUUCCGCGGGCCGGGGGACCCGGGAGGUGCAGCUUCAGAGAUGUCAGCCUCUGCUGGUGCCGGAGCGCGACAAGCGUCUGGGUGCCGGUUGAGCCGGCCGGGCAGCCGGCCGCCGGCCAUUUGAGAACCUCGUGGCGUCCUGGCCGAAUUUGGGAGCCGUUCGUGAGACCUCAGGCCAGGGAAGGCGAGAUCCCGCGACUCUGCUCAUUCUCGCCUCGAGGUCUAAAUGAACGUCGAAGAGAGGGAAGGUGGGCCGAAGGCUCACCGUCGACAGCACCAACUCCCCUUCUCUCGUCCUUUGCGGCUUGGCCUUUGGAUAAGCGUUUUGUAAGCCAAGUGUUUUAUGAAGAAGAUCUGUUACUUAAUUAUAUUCCUGACAAUACAUGGUCUCAGUUGCCAUCAUAGGUGGUAAUGGGUGAAAACCCUAAAAGUAUAAAACAGGAAACCACUUAGAGAGGCUUCUAAGUCAAGGAGAAAACCUGUCAAGACAGCGGUACAGUCGGGAGCUUGGAAAAGAGGCCGUGCUCUUCCAACUGGAGAUGUCAUAGGCUUCAAGACGAAGGCAUGAGAGUCACUGCCAGUGGACGUGUCCCAUGAUGAAUUUUGGAGUAUACACCAGGGGCUGUGAGAACAACUGAGCUAGAAUUCUCGUAAGGAAACUGAACUUCUGUGCCUGUUCACCAGAUCCUAGGCUUUUUCUGAGAAGGCAAACAUCAAAGACUGGACAAUGGCACCUGAACUCUUGUUGCCUGAGUCUCAGAGCUUGUUGACAUUUGAAGAAGUGGCCAUGUAUUUUUCCCAGGAAGAAUGGGAGUUACUGGAUCCCACUCAGAAGGCCCUCUACAGUGAUGUAAUGCGGGAAAACUAUGAGACCGUCAUCUCUCUAGCUGUCCCUGUUCACCACAUCCUAGCCUUUUCUGAGAAGACAGACACCAAAGACUGGACAGUGGCACCUGAGCUCGUGUUGCCUGAGUCCCAGAGCUUGUUGACAUUUGAAGAAGUGGCCAUGUAUUUUUCCCAGGAAGAAUGGGAGUUACUGGAUCCCACUCAGAAGGCCCUCUACAAUGAUGUAAUGCGGGAAAACUAUGAGACUGUCAUCUCUCUAGCAUUAUUUGUGCUCCCCAAACCCAAAGUGAUCUCCUGUCUAGAGCAAGGGGAAGAGCCAUGGGUUCAAAGGCCCUUGGAGUUCAAGAACAGUUCUGGGGAGUUGCCUUCAGGGUCAAAGGUCAAAUCUGACACUGAAAACCAUCAGCCUGUGUAUCUUUCUGACUUAGAAAUACAAGUGCCAGGAGACACAGUAUCAAAAAAGACCCGAGUGAAAGUUCCCCAGAAAACAACAGGGAAAGAAAAUCAUGGUGAUGCACAUAGGAUGGGGAAGUGGCAUCGAGAGUUUCCGGUUAAUCAAACAAAGGAGCUUUCAAUUUGGGAAGAAGAGCUGCAGAGACUCAUGGAUCUUCACAAGAAAGCUCGCGCAGUAGAGAAGCCUUUUACAUGCCAGGAGUGUAGGAAAAACUUCAGACUUACCUCUGAUCUUACUAAACACAAAAAAAUUCACACCGAAGUGAAGCCGUAUAAAUGUCAACAUUGUGGUAAGAGCUUUAGAGGGAAAUCAGAUCUUAACAAACACAUAACAAUACACCAAGGAAUAAAACCAUAUAAAUGCUCUUGGUGUGGGAAAAGCUUCAGUCAAAAUUCAAAUCUCCGUACACAUCAAAGAACUCACACUGGAGAGAAACCUUUUAUGUGUUAUGUAUGUGGAAAGAAAUUCAGUCAGAAUUCCCACCUUAGUAAACACCGGAGAACCCAUAUGUAGCAUAAGCAUGAGAAAGUUUAGCAGGAAUUCCAGCCUUCUUGCGUACCAGAAAUACUACCACUGAACAGAAGGAAGCCUAUCCAGCAUCCUUAGUCUGAAGAAAUUUUCCAAGUAGAGCUUAGCCCUGAGGUUUAUGAAAAAUAUAAAGUUAAAAAGCAUGAAUAAUUCAUCAUUGGAAAGUUUGGUGAUAAAAACAUGUUUCUCAGAAAUGAAUCAAGGUAGACUCUGCAGGGGACAUGUUAGUUGUACUAAUUACAUUUUUACUAAUAAAUCAGGGAAUUCCUAACAAGGUGUACAGGGAACAUUCUGAGUACAGAAUGUACUAUUUCAUGAUUGUUCUGGCAAUUAGCAAAUUCAGCUUCAAAUAGCAAAUAUACUCAUGAAUUAAUCAGUCUUCUGUGAUCAUCGUUUGUUGGUUUUACAUUGAUCUUCCAGCCACGUUAAACACAUGAUGGAAACAUUUGUAGCAUGGGCUUCCAAAACAAGAAAGAAUAACCUGCAUGUUUAAUUGGAUACCAUUGCCUUCAUGUUAUUAAGCUUACCAAUUUCAAGAGUCCUAUGGGGCAAAAAAGUUCUGUUAUCAAGUUUUCCAAGAACCAAAUUGGAUUUUCUUCCUCUCCUUUGUCAUUGGACACUGUUCCCCACAUUGGAUAUCAUUUGAGUUCCUUCUUGAACAUUUUAGUUCUUGAAUCCUUUUAGGGCCAUUUUUAUUAUGAUGAAAUACUAUUUACUUCACCACUAGGGAAUCUUGCAGAAGAAGUAAUAGUGCACUGACUUACACCUCUGACUGGUGGUGUUUGAUAAAGGAAAAUGCUAAGAUCAUAUGCAAACGGGUUGGAAUUUUUAGCCAUGGAUUACAUAUUAUAUGUAAAGAAGAUUGUAAUAAAAGAAUCUAGACAUUUUUCCCCCUCACAAUGUCAACCAUAAAUAUUAGCACCUGGGGUCUAAACGGAAAUUUAUGGAAGUUCAGUCAAAUCAGGUUUUUGUUCAUUGGCUUUUUAAUUCGGUUUUUGUUUAGAAGAACAAAGAGGGUUGUUUCAAAACGAGUAUGUGCUGCACGCAGGUUGUGGUUCAGUGGGCGUGGCAGAAGGUUGGGUUCCCAGAAGGAAAGUUUUGGGAAUUGGUGCUGAGUGGUGGACAAGGACGGGUGAAUCUGCAUUCACGUUGGUUUUCUUACACUGUAAACUGGUGUGGAAACCGGCGGGGUCUCCCUGUGUCUGUUUUGUACACAGCAUUUAAAAACAGCCUUGGGGGGUGAACGGUAGAUGGCUGAACCCCUCUGUGGGCUGUGGAUCUUCUUACUGUCUACAGCAGUGACUCCCAUGUGCUCCUGGUAGAGCUUUUAGGUGGUGUCAGGAAGGGGGUUAAAUGAGCUCCCGAACACCUCACAAACAAUGAAAUUAAGGCUCUGAUGCAGGAACUUGUUCAAGACCCUGUUGCUCUGGGUCCGCUGGCUGUCAGCUGCGUCAGGGAGGCCCGAAGGCAGGAUGAGCAGGAUGUGCACGUUCUCCCUGCAGGGCUGGGCUGGAUGACAUUGUGCUGUGUCUACUGAGUUCUGAAACGUUCUUAUGGCUUGAUUGGUUCCCGAAACACGCAUUGGGUUCCCUUUCCCCUGCUCCCCAGUGAUAUGCUGGGCAGACUGACCGCAGGGGGGAAGCACUUGUGUUUAUGGCUGUUUUCAGCUCCUUAGGAGUCGAGCAUGGCUGGUGGUGAUAAUGCUCCAUUGGUUUGGUCCUUGGCUUCAAUACAUUACAGUGUAAGUCGCCUGAGCUGUGGGUCCGGUGCUCUCGGCAGGAUUUUGUUUUCUUGCCCAAGAUGAACUACGCCAAGUCUUCCUUAGGCACAGCCAGCUCUGAAGCUCUCGUCUGCAUAGUUGUUACCCAUGGCCUCGUCCUCAGGCUUUGGGUACCCUGUCUCAUCCAGGCCACGUGCAGACAUCUUCCUGGUGCUACAUUCGUUCCGUCUCAGGGGAGCCUCUUACGUGCCCAGGCACUGUUUGGUCUAGACUGGGAAUGCAGUAGUGGACAAAAAGAGCCAAAGACAUGCGCUCGCAGGACUUGUAUUCUCGUGAAGAGUGUGGAGAAGAGUGGCGAUAGUUUGCUGCCUCUUGCAGUUAGGGUCAUGAGAUGGUUGUGGGUGAUGGGUUGUGGGAAGCCCCACUUCUGGGCUGAAGCCUUUCUUUGUUGGUGCAAAACUCGAUAGUGUCCUUUCUACAGAAAUGGGCUGCAAAGUCAGAAUAGUCUGGAGUGCUGAGCCCCCCAUGUGGAGAGUCCCCCAGACCUGUGAUGGACUUUACAGGAAUGAGAAAUAAACUUAUAUUGAACUACGGA